GAGGGGCUCUACAAUAUUGUCCCGAAUGGUAUGCUAGGCCUUGUGUAUACACAUUGCGUUUGCUUGUGUGCACAUAUUUUGUAGUUUUUUUGCGCCUUCUUUUGGCCUUUUUUUGGCCCCCUUUUUGUGCAGUUUUGUUUCCCCCAGCGCACACAGCUGACAUCCUCGAAAAGGUUCCACUAUAUUGGUAAAAGCUAUAUAUCAUUUUUGUUACCAGAAGGACUACGUUGUCUGCACGAGUGUAAAUUAUUUUUAACAAGUCAUUUUGUCAAUUUUUUUAACCCGAACGGGCGGGCUUCCUUCUGUGGCAGUGUUAUCCCCGCGUGGGUGCGCCCCGCGAGUGCGUUACGGGCGCGUCACCUGCGCGUUAAUGGGUUUUUACCGGCACGUUGCCACCUUUUCACCGCCUUCCCUUGUAACGACUGCUAGCGACGCGCUUUUAUUCGAAGCCAGCAGUUGAGCGCGCGAAACUUCCAUUCGCCCUGCGCGCACGUGGCGACGCCCAUUUGGCAGCUCCGAUACAUUUUGCACACCCCGCUUUGGACUCCCUACCUGGCGUUACUCUCACCCCCCAAGAACGGCCAAAAUGAUUUCGCGCAUGUCGGUCAGAACGCACACCCAGUCGGAAACGCUAACGAAGCAGGACUCAGUGAACAUGCUCAAAAAUAUAAUCAAACUGGGGAUCAGUUUAGUCACCUAUUUACGAAAUUUAUUUGAAGAAAGUGCCUAUGAAGAAGUACACAUCCAAGAAUUAAAGCUAAAGAGACUUCUACCCAUCAACCGAGAAGCACAUAUGAUAAUUAAUUGGCUAGAAAAAGGAGUAUUCGAUGCUAUAGAAAAGGAAUAUUUACGCAUCCUAAUUUUAGACAUAAAUGAUAUAUAUGAUAACUCCAUCGAGUGUUAUAAGUUUAGUUUUUCCUACAACUCUGUUAGGGGUGGCAAAAUAGGAAUCACUUUGGAGACGUCCCAAAAUAAUCCCAAUAAUGUAUGCACAGAUAGCCAAAUGGAAGAAAAAAAAAAAAACUUUAACCUCAACAGGUUGAAAGAUAUAAAAGACAGAUUACUAAAUAGGAAGAAGAGAAAAAACGAAACCGCCUUAUGCUUUAAAAAAGACGCAAAACAAAAGACCUAUGAAUUGUUAAGGUCGUUAGUGUUGCUCACACAAACGUUAAACCCUUUGCCUGAACGAACGUACCUUUCGAUGAAGCUGCUUUACUAUGAUGAAAUCGUUCCGUACAAUUACCAGCCCCCGUAUUUUAGAAAUCCAGACAAUAAGGAUUUACUCAAAUUUGUUAACCUACCUAAUGAGGACUACGUUGGGAAGGUCGAUACGGGCCAUCACUACCUUUCCAUUGUCGUCAAUUCUACUUGCGCCAGUAAUGAACAACAGGUGGGUUCCUACAACUGCAGCGAGAUGCAAAAUCAUGACUUGAGCAAUGCAAACCGUCGGCCCUACGGCAAAAUGGCAAAUGGGGAUUACUACCAACAUGAUGGGGAAGGGGAACAUCCUAGGAGAGCGAACAAUCAGGGCAAUCUGGACGAGGGUCUCCAUGGUGAUGCUCACUAUAACCAAAAGGAUGACCUUAAUAAGUACGCAGCUGGUCGAGGCGAAAACGGAUACAAGCGAGCCAAGUACGAGGAAGAUAGACGGGCCCUGCUGAAGAAGCGACUAGUGAAAAGGAGAAACAAGGGGAAGGACAGGAAGCACUGCAUCGUCAUCGACGAUGACGAUUAUGCAGAGGAGGAGGAGGAGGAAGAAGAAGAUGAAGACGAUGAUGAAGGUGAUGAAGCAGAUAACGAUGAUGAGGCAGAUAACGAUGAUGAGGCAGAUAACGAAGGCGAUGAUGACGAAGGCCAUAACGGUGAAGGCCAUAACGAUGACGAAGGCGAUGACGACUCCGAUGAUGAUGAAGAAUACGCAGGGGGGCCCAAUGGCACCAUCCGAGGCGGGGCUGAUAAUCGCCCUGGAGACAGUCGUACCCGCCUGGAGACCCGCCAUGAGGACGAUCGAGACGCGGACUAUAACUACUAUGAUGAGUAUGAAGAUGAAGACACCGAGGAAGAUGACGACUCGGAUGUUGAUUACGAAUACGACGAGGAAUACUCCAGUGUGAGCGAUGAACGGUCUCAUAAACGAAGCAAAAGGAGUUGCAAAAAAACAGGAGCAAAAAAAAAAAAAAAGUUAUCGCCAUCUCCAUCGGAUAGCAAAAUGAAUGAUAAAAUAUCCGCUUCGCUAGUCAGAGUCAUCAAGUGCAGUAACGACCAAGACUACAGUAGCAACUCGGAUAAUAACGAAUGCUACAGUAAAAUAGGCAAAAUGCUCUCGCAGACAAACAAAGAUGCAGAUGAACAUGAUUGUGUAAAGGUAGAAAAGAGAGAAAUAGAAGACGGUAAGAGGAAGAAAAACAAAUACUGGGUUAACAAUAAAAGCGACCUCGGAAAUGGCUACUAUAGUAGUAACCCCUACAGGAGGAACAUCGAUAAAAUGGCUACCCGGCUGUAUGACAAUUCCUGUGCCAAUAAUGCCCCCUAUAGCAACGCAAAUGGGAAAACUUCCAGCGAACUGAAUAAGCCCUACGGAAUUCAAAACAAUUCCAAGGCAAAUGCCAGCCGUUUGUACUCUACCUAUGGAGUAGACGAGGCGAAUGCGUACCUUGACAGGGCUAGAGAGAGGGAACACUACGAACAGAGGAAAAGUUACAUCAAAACGCACAGAGAUAACACCCUCUUGAAAAUGAAAAAGAAGAAAAAAAAAAAAGAAAAAUUAGCCUACAAAAAUUUAAAAAACAAAAAAUCGCUACACAAAACAUUCAUGGUUAAAUAUAAAAAGAAGAAGAUGCUUCACAAAAUAAGAAUCUACAUCACUAGAUAUAAAAUUCUGAGCAAGACAAAGAUCAGGCAGAAGUUCCCCAGCGUCUCCAACUACGACAUUGAUAAAGUUUUGCAUAAGCUGGUCAAUGAAAACAUCAUUCGCAGGAACGGAUACAAGUUUUAUAAGUUCGUUGAGGAUAAGAGCGAUGGGAAGGAGGGCUUGGAGAAGAAGCUCGACGGGGAGCCAGGCCCCGCGCAGAUGGAGCAGCGGGGCGGGCACCCAGUGGGGUACCGCACCGAGGAGGACGCGGUGCAGAUGGGGCAGAUGGGGCAGAUGGGGCAGAUGAAACAGAUGGAGCAAAUGGAACAGACGGAGCAAAUGGAACAGACGGAGCAAAUGGAACAGACGGAGCAAAUGGAACAGACGGAGCACCCGAACCAAACGCUCAAAGAGCAAAGCCGCAAAGAGGAUGACUCGGCUGUAUACCCAGUUGACCACUUGGUUGACCACCCCGCCGAUGACCCACCUGACGACCGUCCCGCCGUGAAGCAGCCAAACGCAGAGGCCAAUUUCAUCGACAUAUCCAAAGAGGAUAGCGUGAAAAAUUCAGAGACCGAAAACAGUUAUGAAAAUAGCCUGCUGAACAACAUUUCUGAACCCCUAGAAAGUCAGGAGGUCAUCGAGCAGAUAGACAGAGAGGACGAAACCAACAUGAAUCAAAUUAAUGAGGACAUCCAAAAGCUCUACAACGAUGUGUAUAACUUAUGUGUUAAGACGAAAUAUGUUAAUAAAGAAAUUGUUACAAAGGGACUUAACAUUUAUCCUUUGCUCGCCAAGCCGUUAAUAGAUAGACUUCUACGAGAGGGAGUUUUAAAAAAAAAGGUCGUGAAAAAUAAGGGCUACGAAAGUAACAUCUUUGUUCCCAUUGAAAGUGCCUAUAUUGUUAAUAACAGGGUGGACGAAGAGGGAGUCAAGGUCGAUGCCCCUGCGGGGAAUUUCGCCCUUGUGAAGAAUCUCUCGGGCGAGGAAAAAAAUUGA